UGAUGUUAUAGUAUAAAAACUCAAAUCUCACUUCAUGUAAAGCAUUUAAAUGAUACCUUCAACAAGAGAAAACUCAAAAACUUUAAAGAAAGGAAACACAAGAGAGGGCAGGGAUAAGGUUGAGCCCAGAUACAUGACUGAUCCAGACAAACCUGCAGGACAGAUGGACAGUGCUACAGGCCGUCAUGUAGAGCCGAAAUCCCUGCAGGACUCUGAUCCAAAGACAUCCUCGUCUCUGCUUCUGCUCCCUCAUCCCUGCCCUCAAGAGGGACAAAGAAGGGGAGAUGGCAGGAAAAAAAAAACUGCUCCAUCAACAAACCAACAAAAAAAGAGGAAAAAAGGCCAGAAGAAUGAUGUUGUAUGGAAUUUCAUCAAUAAUAAGAAGUCUGCUAAAGAGAUUUUAGAUUAUAUUAAAAUAAAUAUAUCUACAUAUUUAUUAUUUUCAAAUGAUAGAAAUAAUAAAGAAAAAAAUAUUAAUUUGCAAAUGCUCAAAAAACAUCAACCAAAGGAUUUAAAGAAAAACAAAUAUAGGCAACAAGCAUUUGCUAUCUUAAAAUUGAAGAAUAAUACGUUAAUUAUGAUUAAUAAUAAAAUAUAUAAUUUGAUUAAAGUAAUAGGUCCGUUUUAUCCAGAGCAUAAUAAACAUAGUGAGGACUUCAUUUUUGAAGAAAUUGAAAAAAGGAAUGAUAUUUCUGAAGUUUGGAUAUACACAACGAAUAGUCCUUGUUUAGGUAGAAAAUCUCAUUCUCCCUGUAUGUUGAAUUUAAUCAAUUUAGCAAUAAGUCGUCAGAUUAAAAUUAAUAUUGUCUUCUCAAAUUAUUAUAUCUUUAAGAAAAACAUGUAUAGUGUUUUUCAAAAUCUAGGAGAUGAUGAAACGAGAGACUGGAAUUCUGACCAUAAAUUUCAGGUUCAGUUCAAUAUAACAGAAUUCAUAUAUAAUUGUGAAGAAAAUAAGAAAAUAAAAGACAAUCACUUAAUUACAGCAGCCUAUAAUAUUAUAAAAAACAUUCUACCAGAAUAUUCAGGCUUAGAAAAGACGUAUAAAGAUUGGCAUCAGACAGGAUCAGAAACAUUAGCAGAGCUUGAGUCCACACUGAGAGAAGAGAUGAAAAUAAAAGACAAUUGCCUGACUGCAACCUGUAAAAUUAUAAUGAAUAUACUUUCUAAAUAUUUAGGAUUAGAAAACAUGUAUAAAGAUUGGCAUCAGACAGGAUCAGGAACAUUAGCAGAGCUUGAGUCCACACUGAGAGAAGAGAUGAAGGAAAGGAGAGAGAUGAUGGAGAGCUCUGAUGAAGAGUUCAGCGAGAUUACAAAGGAGUAUAAGGAAUGGUGGACUCGAACCAUAGAUGAAAAUCUCAGCAGACAUGUAGUUCCAUCCAUUUUAGAGAACAUCCAUGACUUUUGUCCUAAUCUGGAGUUUUUCCAGGUUGAUUUAGAGGAUUGCUUUAAUUUGGCUAAUGAGGAAUAACUGGAAUACAAUUGUACAAUUGGAAUAAAUCUCGCUAAUAAAUCUGGAAUAAAUCUAAUGCUAAUUUGUGUCAGCACGCGUGUCCCUUCGCUCCAUUCACGAUCGUUCCGUGGUCUUCCGGGUUCACCUCCCUUUGGCACUACAGUAUAUAAACAUGCUGUCUACGUGCCUUCCUCGCCAGAUGAUCUCUCUGCAUUGCUGCGAGUCAUCCCGACUUUCUUCUUGCCUUUUUUCCCUUGCUGUUUUCCCAGCCGGAUUUUGGACUGUUCAUUGACGCUGUGUCAGAUUUUUUGCCUAGGACUUUUCUUUGUGAUACUCUCUGCUUUUCGAUUACCCUGCUCGGAUUUUGUUGUCUGGGACAUUUCCUGUAAGAACUUUGCCUAUUUUUAGUUUGUUUUGCGUACUGAACUGUUCGCUCUGCGUUCCCGUUUUUUCUGUGUUUUUGUGGCUGCGUACUUUUCUUUGUGUCGGGUUUUUCGAAUGCUCUCUGGCUGCAUUUCUGUAUUUGUUCCUUUUCUCUACAUUAAAGACUCUUCCCUGCCCCUGUUGCGUCUUGCAUUUGGGUCCUCUCCGUGCACACCUGACAA